ACAGCUUAAAGGUCCAAUAAAACCCGGCAGGGGGGUGAUUCCAGGCCAGCCCAGACCGACUGCCUCCGCACCCCGCAGCGUCAGCCAUGGCCUACACGAUGUUCCCCUCGCUCGGCAUACAGGCGCUGAUCACCUGCCUCCAUGUCCUCGGAGUCACGAUUGUGUCGUGCUUCAUCUCCCGGCGGCUCAUUCUCGCCGAUGGGUUCUCCGUGCGGGCGGUUCUGCAGCUUCCGUGGGCGCGGCUGUGCACGCUGUUGAUCUUCAUCGACUCGUACCUCUUUCUCUUCGCGUCAACGCUCGUGAUAUUUGGCUUUGGUCUUCAGCUCAAUGCUACGUCGUGUGCGGCCGGGAUAUACCUCUGCGUGCUCUUCUAUGCGACAUCUAAAAUUCUGAUAUACCUCUUUUUGACUGAGAAGGUCUAUGUCGUUUGGGACACCGGGCGUUCGCGAUUCAGGUCGCCGGUGUUCCUUGUGUGCUUCGUCACUGUCGCUCUUUAUCUGGCCAUCGUUCUCAUCAUGUUCUUCGGUCGAAUCGAAGAGUUCCGCCCUGAAGAUGGCGCUUGUAUCAUUGGUCUCAAGCCUACUGCAUCCAUCCCACUCCUUUCCUACGACCUUUACAUCAACGUCCUGCUGACUGGACUUUUCAUGUGGCCGUUGUUACGUUCCAAGCACUCCAGCGCACGGCUCCGGCGUGUGGCAACGAGAACGCUCAUCGCCUCUGCCGUCGCACUGACCACCUCAACGGUGAACAUGACCGUGCUUACUCUCAUGCACGGCCGCCAAUUUGGAUGGCUCUGUCUCGCCUGCUGCUCGUCCGACGUGAUUUUCAACGCCGGCGCCAUCUUCUGGGUCACAGACGGCAGCACGGGCACCGCCACGACGUCCGGCGCGCGCAACAACACCGGCUCCGAGAGCUUCACGAUGUCGGUCUCGCUGCCCCCCACGCCGGCCCGAAGCAACUUCUCCGCGCCGAACAGCCCCGCGCGCGGCGGCUUCCGGCUGGCGGACAAAAGCAUGUUCAAAAUCGGACGCCGGUCGGGCGGCGACAACGGCUCGAUGCUGUCCCCGACCACGCAGGAGUUCCAGAUCCACGUGACGCGGGAUACGGCGGUGAGCACGAGUCCGCUGCCGCACGACGCGCACAAGGGGCUACCCGUGGCUGUCGAGUUGUCGCGCUCGAGCACUAAAGACGAGCUAGAGCGGACCACGACCAAAGACUCCGGGGGCCUAUGAGCAGCCUGCACUGUAUUUUUAUCAUACUUUUUUUUGGCAUUCAGUGCGUAUUUAGUGGAUUCUGGGGUUAUUUGCGGGAGCAGAAGAGAAACAUUCGUUUUACUAUUACAGUCGUUUUAAGUAUUCCACAUUUGUUGUACAAAUACAAUUUUUCGUCGAUAAUUCAUCUUAUCAUGCUCAGUGACC